AUGCCGCCACGUCAGACCUGUAGGGAAGUGGCUGCGAGCCUUGAGCGUGAGCGUAGCGGAGUGGCUGCGCUUGAGAACGCACCUGAGGAGUCAGGGGCAUCAAGCUCCUUAUCCCAGGCUCACAGCUCCCCUGGAGUAGAAGCCCAGCUUGCUACGGCCCUCGCCCUCGAAGCUGAGUUACAGCGAGAACUUGAGCUGAGAGAGGCGGGCGAGCGAAUCCGUCGACUACAGGAACGCCUAGAGCGCGUAGGACAAGAGGAGGCUUCUCCCCACACUCUUAGGUCGGACGAACGAAGCGUUAUGACUACUUUUGCUAUCAAACUCAAGAGCAAACUUGGAAAUCUCCUCCUCAAACCUACAAGUCACUAUACAUAUUUUGGCUUAUCACACCAACAACAAGAGCAAUACUACUCAACGAUUGCUACAACCAUCUAUGAUUCAUUACACGUCAUCGCUCCUUAG